AUGACUGUUACUUCUGAUACAAAAUCUUUAAUUUAUAAUGAUGAAGGUAAUAUUCGUGGAGGGCAGACAGUAGAAGAAUUCAAGGCUAUGAUGUAUGGUGUUCAAUGUCAUAGAAGAAAAAUAGUUGAAGAUUUCAUGGCUGGAAAAAUUCUUGAUAACGAUAGUUUUAUUAACAUUAAACAAUCUCUUGAUUUUUUAAAUAAUAAUAUGAAAGAUAAAAAUGAAGGAUUCAUGGCUGAAAUGAUUAUAAGUAGAGAGGGUUCUAAUGAAAAAACAUUUCUUAUCAAUUUAAAAGAUGAAAUCAAUGGAUUACAAAAAGAUGUUAAUUUUUUAAAUGAAUGUAUAAAAUAUUUAAAUGAUGGUAAAAGUUAUCAGGAUUUAGAUUUGUCAAAACUUCUUGCAUCAUGUCAUCCAAUUUCAGAAGAAAAAUUUGAUGAAGAACUUGAAGAGUGUUUAAAGAUAUUAGAAAAAUUUGUUAAAGAAUCUUCUGAUGGUAAAAAACCUAUUUUUGUUACAGAUUGGGAUGGUACUAUGAAAGAUUAUUGUUCACAAUAUGCAACAAAUUUACAACCAAUAUAUUCAGCUAUUUGUAUGACACAAUUUGCAAAAUUAUUCACUAGAAUUACUGCUGUUUUAACGGCUGGACCAUUAAGAGGACCAGGAAUAUUAGAUUUAACAGCAAUUCCACUAAAUGAACAUAUUUUAUUUUCUGGAUCAUGGGGUAGAGAAUGGUGGAUUAAUGGAAAUAAAGUUGUUCAUGAUGAUGGAAUAAGUAUAGAAGGUUUUAAUGCUUUAGAACAAUUAACUAGCAAGAUGCAAAAUUUAAUACAUGAAAAUUCUGAUUUUUCACCAUUUGCUUUAGUAGGAUCUGGUAUACAACGUAAAGUUGAUAGAUUAACAUUAGGUAUACAAACUGUAUGUAAUCAUGUACCUGAAGAAUUAUCUAUUAGAUAUCAAGAAGCAGUUAAAGAAAAAAUGAAUGAAAUUGAUCCUGAUCAAAAAGUAUUAAUAUUUGAUCCGUCAACUGAAUUAGAAGUUGAAGUGGUUGUUGGAAAUGAGGGUGCUGUAUGGAAUAAGGGUAAUGGAGUAGCUAAAAUUGUUGAAAUAUUACAUGAUACGCUUAAAGGUCCCGGUAAUGUUUUAAUUUGUGGUGAUACUUUUAGUGAUUUACCAAUGGUUCAAAAAGUUGCUGUAGAAAAUAAUCAGGGAAUAAUGUCAAUAUUUGUCGGAACAAAUGAAAGAUUACGAAGUGAAGUACGUGAAUUGGUUAAUGAUGAAAGUCGAGUAGCUUUUGUAUCUUGUCCAGAUGUGGUACAUGCAGCAAUGUGGAAAUUAAUACAAGAACAUCAAAAAUGA